CUCUCCUCCCUGGCGACCUGGUUCUUCUGCUGGUACCAAACCCAGGUCUUUGGUACAAAGAAGGUUAGGCGAUGCCCCAGGAGGCCUGGCUGGGUCCUGACCCCUGGCCGGUGCCUGCCCCACCCACUCUGGUACCCAAACAGGGCCCCAGAUCCUCGGUGACUCGAUCCCUCCAAAUUCAGGUGAUCUACCCCAGCUCCAUAUCGCCAAACCCUCCCUGGGUCCUGCGCCAGUCGGAGCCAAGCCCCAACCAGGAAGGGCCUCCGAGCACUGGAACACCAACGCCGCCGUCUUCAAGACCGGGUGUGGGGUGAAAGAUGGCGCUGGCCGGGUGCAGCUGGCUCCUUCUCAGUGCCACGUUCCUGAGCACAGGGGCUGAGGUCACUGUCACCCCCAAGCCUGCCCAGCCAGCCGAGGGGGACAACGUGACGCUGGCUGUCCAUGGGCUUUCGGGAGAGCUGCUUGCCUACACCUGGUAUGCUGGGCCCACACUUAGCCUGUCUUACCUGGUGGCCAGCUACAUAGUAAGCACGGGUGACGAGACCCCUGGCCCAGCCCACACGGGGCGGGAGGCUGUGCGCCCCGACGGCAGCCUGGACAUCCAGGGCGUCUCAGCCCGGCACUCGGGCACCUACAUCCUGCAGACUCUCAACAGGCAGCUUCAGACGGAGGUGGGCUUCGGACACCUGCAGGUCUAUGAGAUCCUGGCCCAGCCUGAGGUUAUGACCAACAGCACAGCACUGGUGGAGCGCCGAGACACCCUGCACCUGAUGUGCAGCAGCCCCGGCCCCGCCAAGGUCCGCUGGUUCUUCAAUGGCGGGGCCCUACCCAUCGACAUCCGCCUUGGCCUGUCUCCCGAUGGCCGGGUGCUGACCCGGCAUGGCGUCCGCAGGGAGGAGGCCGGAGCCUACCAGUGUGAGGUCUCGAACCCGGUCAGUGUCAGCCGCAGCAAGCCCUUCAACCUGACUGUGUACUUUGGCCCAGAACGCGUGGCCAUCCUCCAGGAUUCUACCGCCCGCACGGGCUGCACCGUCAAAGCUGACUUCAACACGUCCCUCACCCUGUGGUGCGUGUCCCGGUCCUGCCCAGAGGCCGAGUAUGUGUGGACCUUCAACGGGCAGACCCUAAAGAACGGUCAAGACCACCUCAACAUCAGUGGCAUGACAGCGGCCCGGGAGGGCACGUACACGUGUAUUGCCAAGAACCCCAGGACCCUGCUUUCUGGAUCGGCCUCAGUGGUGGUCAAGCUCUCUGACAAUUGGAAAGUGAGAGACUCUCAACCCAUUCAUUGCUGGCCAGGUGACGAAGAGGCAUCAGUGAACCUCUCUCCAUCCAGCGGCAGCAGUCGUCAUGACAAUUGUGCCUGUGCCACCCAAGCCAGCGGAGGGCCAGGACGUGACCCUGACUGUGCAGGGCUACCCCAAGGACCUGCUGGUCUAUGCCUGGUACCGCGGGCCAGCCUCAGAGCCCAACCGGCUGCUCAGCCAACUGCCGUCAGGGAACUGGAUCGCAGGCCCCGCGCACACGGGCCGGGAGGUGGGUUUUGCCAACUGCUCGCUGCUGGUGCAGAAGCUGAACCUCACGGACGCCGGCCUCUACACACUCAAGACCGUCACACUGCAGGGCAAGACUGAGACGCUGGAGGUGGAGAUGCAGGUGGCCCCCCCGGAGUAGCGGCGGCGCGGCCAUGGAGACCUCCGGAGAGAAGAGCCCUUGGCACCAUCCCCGGCACCGUCUCCCCUGAGCAGAGGGCGGACGCCGGACAGCCGUCUGCGUUCUCCUCCUCCCACACUAGACUUAGGAUCGACAGGGCCCUACUCCUGCCCUGAGUUGUCAGCCGCAGAGGCCAUAAAUGUCCUGGUUA